CUCUUCCAAGUUCUCUGUUUCCUAGAGAGAAAAUUGUCAGUAGAGACAAGUCCUCCACUAGGGGCGCACUUCCCAUUAUCGCGCUCCUUCCUAUCGACUGCCCGGCCUGCAGCUGCGCUGCCCGUUUCUGGGAUCGAUUGAGGCCGUCUUUUCGUACCCACGUGUGUUUACAGCUGUGAUGGCGGAACUGUCUGGAGAAACUGGUACCGGGGGGGAACAGGAGAAAGGUGGCACAGGACCCGCAGCUUGUGCCGGAGCUCUGACGUCGGCCGGGACCGGUAUAAAAGCAGGUCGCACACCGGUUCGUCGGGUUGCUAACCAAAUCCCAGAUGAAAUCUCUAAGAAUACCGAACUCUUGGAAGCCAUCUCAGUGCUGCCUCAGAACUACAACUUUGAAAUUCCCAAGACUAUAUGGAGAAUUCAACAAGCUUCAGCCACGAGGGUUGCUUUACAGAUGCCGGAAGGGCUGCUGAUGUUUGCUUGCACUAUCGCAGAUAUCAUAGAGAGAUUUACGUCGGCAGAGACCGUGGUGAUGGGAGAUGUGACAUACGGAGCGUGCUGCGUUGAUGAUUACUCUGCACGGGCGCUAGGAGCUGACUUCCUGGUGCAUUAUGGGCACAGCUGCCUGAUCCCCAUUGAUGCUGCACAUGGAAUGCGGAUGUUGUAUGUGUUUGUGGACAUUAAGAUAGACGUAUCGCACUUUGUGGACACUAUUCGUUUUAACUUUGCACGUGGGACAUCACUGGCCUUCGUCAGCACGAUCCAGUUUGUAUCGGCACUUCAGGCUUCUGUUCAAGAUCUUCGUCCUGAGUAUAAAGUGGUCAUCCCCCAAAGUAAACCACUAUCUCCAGGAGAAAUACUAGGCUGCACCUCGCCACGACUCGAGUCCUCCGUAGAUGCUGUUGUGUAUCUCGGUGAUGGGCGCUUUCACCUGGAGUCAGUAAUGAUUGCCAACCCAGACACGAAAGCUUUCAGGUAUGAUCCAUAUAGUAAGAUUUUUUCUCGGGAGUAUUAUGAUCACAGCACCAUGCAAAAAAAUCGAGGUGACGCCAUUUCAUCUGCGGCAGGAGCAAAGACAUGGGGCCUCAUUCUUGGUACAUUGGGGCGGCAAGGAUCCCCCAAAAUUCUUGAGCACCUGGAGUCACGUCUACAGGCUCUCGGCUGUCGUUACGUGCGGCUUCUGCUGUCGGAAAUCUUCCCUAAUAAACUCAAGCUGUUCCCAGAGGUGGAAGCAUGGAUACAAGUCGCCUGUCCAAGACUGUCUAUAGAUUGGGGGACCGCCUUCCCCAAGCCUUUGCUGACUCCAUAUGAGGCCUGUGUGGCUCUUAAAGAAGCAGAAUGGCAGAAAACGUAUCCUAUGGAUUUCUAUUCAAAUCAGUCUUUGGGUCCUUGGACGGUGAACCACGAGUCUCAUCGGCCUGUCCACGUGACAGCUAGACAAACAAAGGGUUCUUUAGCAAGAAAAAAGCCAGCAAUGGACAGUUGUGCAAAGACGUCAGAUUGCCAAUGUCAAGAAGAGGUACAAAGCCACCCUAAAUGACCAUAGUGAAGACUGGAUUCCCCUCCGCAACCCUCAGGCCCUUUUCUGUACUGAUCAUUGGAGACAUUGAAGUCAUCCGCAAACUCAGGCAAGCAGGUUUGAAGAAACAAAAAGGAAAUUGGGUAUGAUGUCAGCUCAAUAGACCUGGAAUGUAUCAUGAUUCCAUUAAUAGCUUUAUAGACCUGGAGGGCAUCUUGCAUUAACCCUUUCAUGUUAUAAAACUGACAAGGUAGCGCUCCAUUACUUCGUUUCAUCUUAAGAGCCUCGAAAAGGUGGACCAUAGAUGGAGAUCAGGUUGCACCCAAAUGCACCCUGUGUUUCUGUCUUGGGGUUUCUUGAGCCAUGCAAUGUCUGCUACUAAUUAAAAGCUCUGCUUAAUACGGCUCGUCUGAGCCGCUCCCCCUCCUACCACUGUUGCCUGGGCGAUGAAGAAUCAGAACCCAUGAAGCCCCCACUACUGGCACAGACUGCAGCAUCCCCUCCUGCGAGAGCCAAUCGCCUCCUGCGUGGAGACCCACAGCAAGCAGCUCUGUAAUGUCUGUGUGAUGGGAUCACGGGCUUUAAUGUUCCUUGGAAGGGGCCCAGCAAUCACUUCGCCUGCAGCUUCUAUCCUGGGAAGAGCUGAACUCGAGGGGUGUUACAUUGAUUGAAGUAAGAGAGUGAAUAAACAACAAACAGCAGAAGCAGAAUGAGAAAGCUUGAAAAGGGUCACAGCUCCAGACUUGUGAAGUUCCAAGCACUUAAUUUUCCUUAACGAUAAAUGCACAAUAUUGUUUCUUGUCUAAUAACAAAAAAUCACAUUUUCUGAACAUUUGUGCUGGUGCCUGAUACACAGAAUAUAGACUGACAGACAUGCGUCAUCUUUCUUCAGAAUACCUGUUUUGCUUUCAUUCUUUUUUCAGAACCAUACAUAUAUACAAAAAUAAAAAAAAGAUAACCAAAGCACCAUGUCUCCACUAUA